CACAUGGGCGCUUUGCAGACCUGCACAACAUCCCGCCUCGCGUCGAGUCCAUCACCACGCUGCGAUAUUUUAGCCGAUAUUGAUAUUUCACAGCACCUCUUAUCUCACGCAUUCGUUUUAAUCAUCCUUCUUCAAGCCCGCCCCGGGCCGACGCCGACGCCGAACUCUCGAAAAUACCGACGCCUCCUCCGUAGAGCACCGAGAUAUUACAUCUUUCAGCGGACCUGUUACUACUGCUACUACUGCUCCCACAGGUUGUUUGCUAUUACUACUACGCCUCUGCUUCCUUGUUCUAUGAACUCGCCCGACUGCGCACAACAAUAACGAGCGCUGCCAUAACAGGUGCAGAGUCCUGUCCGUCUCCAUGGCGCGCACCGAAAGCUCCCCCAUCCUUGCCCAGCUGCGCAGCGCCAAAACAGUAGAGGACCAGACCGCCGCGCUCCAGUCGCUCAAAAAUGAGAUUGUUGGCCAUCCCCAGAAGAAGGAGGCAUGGGUCAUUUUGGGUGUCCUCGAUCCCAUUGUCCGAGCUCUAAGUGCCAAUCGCUCCAGCACCAAGAUUCACGGCAAGGAUGCACCUGCACACGUGCUUCACCGGCAGCUCAACCCAGUCGAAAGCCUCAAGCUGCAGGCACUCCAACUGAUUGCUAGCUUUGCCAAUGGUGGCCCCGCGUUUCUCCAACCCCUCGAUGCCUCUCGAUCCCUCGGUGCGGUUCUCAUGAAUCUAUCACCCGUCUAUAAUCCUCCGCAAAUUGUUAUUGCUGCGCUUAAGGCUCUUAUAAACAUGGCAGAAGCUGCCUUGCUGGCGUCACCAAACAGCCCGCUGAAUGUCCUCGCCAUUGCCGACGUGCUCUUUACCUCAACUCAUAUCGAAUCACUGACGGCGAUGCUAGCCGGCAAUCAGACAAAUUACAAUUCAAGAAUCCAAACCGACCUUGUUACCGGCUUGGUAUACCGCAUCUGCAAAGAAGAGAAGCAUAGACAGGCUUUGACGAGCGGUGGCGUUCUGGAUCUCUUGUCCAUGAGGUUGGCGAGCUUUGCUGUGCGUGACGGAUACGUUGUGCCCGGCGCAGAAGCUGUUGCUCGUGCGGACGGCAUAUCUGAUGUGUUCCCAGAGCCUGCAGUCGCUGGAGCGAAUAUCGGCCAGGUACUUGAAGCCAUUGCCGCUGUUUUGGGCGACUCCAAAUACCGAGCUGCGCGAUUCGUCAACUCACCGACGAUUCUGGCAGUAUUCCCACCCAUCAGAGCUGAGCAAUUCUCGCUCGAUUCAAUGGGAGACCCUCGGGACACAGAAUACAUGACGGUAGGUCUCUCACGGCCUCGAUGGCUUACCGCUAUGGAGUACAUCUUGCCCGCUGUCCCUGUUGUCAAUUCCAGAAACUCGUCGUCAACGCAGUCGCCGUACUCAACGCCAAAUCGAUCAGGAACACAUACCCCGAACCGACCGACAACAGGCAAAAGCGUCUUGGGGGGCUCAGUAGACGUGCUUAAGACCAGUCUCCGGGCCCCCAGCGCCGCGCAUCCUACACGAGACGUUGAGAGUCCUACUAUCCCAUGGCUAGUCCACCUGGUUCGCUCAUUAGGCGACUACGAGAGAUUGAUGGCUGCGUCCGUCUUGGCAUCGCUUUUCCGUGCUGGGCUUGGUACCAAGCUACUUAGGGAGACAAGCCUUGGCCUCCUUGUCGUGCCAGUUCUAGUCGGGUUGAUUGCAAAAUACAGUGUAGAGGGGGCUGAUGCUACAAGCAAAGCAAUUAAACUACAGAGACUAGUUCUAGAAAAGGCACCGGCUAUCCUGGCGCGGUUAAUCACUGAUUGCGAUUAUCUUCAAAAGAGCGCUUUUGAGUGCGACGGCGUCAAGGUGCUAACGCGACUCCUCAAGAGUGCGUACCAGCCAGUGACAAUAACCGACAAGCCCCAAUAUUGGUCCCCUAGUCCCGAUACUGGCAUGGACGUUGACUCGAAUCCGCCAUUGCUGGCGCAGCUUGGUGAUGGUGGCCAAAAUCAACAGCUUUGCCAUCAGAUCCGGGUCAGAGAAUCCACGCUGAAGGCAAUUGGGUCACUCUCCUCUACCAAAGAAGAGUACCGCAAGGCCUUUGUCGCAGAAGACUUUGUUCCCUAUGUGGUUGAAUCGUUGGCCGAGUUUCCAGGCAAGCCAAAGCCUGCCCAGGACCGGUCAAAGGAGAAGCCUACAGUUGAGCCAGUGGCCACAGUCCCUACGCCAGGAUAUGGCACCAACCCACUGUCAGUCAUUGUGGCAGCGUGCUAUGUGGUCAGAAUGCUGUCAAGAUCGGUUAAUAUCCUGAGGACCGCGCUGGUAGACUAUGCCAUUGCUAUGCCAGUGUUUGGCUUCAUGCGCCACCCUGACAUCAACGUACAGAUUGCGGCUACGGCAACAAUAAUUAACCUUGUCGUAGAAGUAAGCCCAGUACGAGAGGUUCUUACGGCUAAUGGCCUAAUGAAGGUGCUAUGUGAGCAUGCUCACUCAGAUAACCCGGAGCUACGAUUAAACUCUCUCUGGGCCCUUAAGCAUUUUGUUGAUGCUGUCGGCCCUGACUUGAAAAAGGCUUGCCUGGAACAGCUGGAGCCAGGAUGGCUGGUUCAGCUCAUUAGCGACGAUGAUGACGACGACAAUGAUCUUUACACAGCAGAUGCACCCAUUGGAUAUGAUUUGGACGAAGACAUGGAGACAUCACAGAGCGAUAUGCCUAUUCGAUGGCUUUAUGCCUCCAAAGGCUGCGUUCGGGAACUAGAUGGCUCCCAGUCGACGAAGCUACGCCAGCUAGAGGACUACCUUACAGGCGUUCGUGAAGCAGAAAACAACCCGGCUGGCAGAGCACGUAACGACGACCUUGCCAUUCAGGAGCAGGGUCUGGACUUUAUUCGCAACUUUAUCGGGCGUCCCAUGUCUGGAGAAAGCACUGAUGUGAUUGAUUACCUCUUCAGCGCUAUUGGACAAGACCGCCUGUUUGAGAUUCUGGCCUCCAAGCUAAAGUCUAAGGCGCUUCAUCCGUUUGGGCAACGAACAACGGCGACAGGAGAGGUGAGAGUGCUACAUCCGAAGCCUAGGGUGAUGGUUGCGGUCAUCUUUAUUCUCGUGCAUAUUGCGGCUAGCGUGCCGCGACACAGGCAAUUGGUGAUUGCACAGACAGAACUACUCAAGCGGGUAGCCAUACAAUGCAGCCACAGGGACCGGGACGUCCGCUGCGCGGUCUGCCACUUGAUAAUCAACCUGACGUGGGUGGACGACGACAACGAAGUCCAAGCAUGCUCCCAGCGUGCCCAAGACUUGAGGAGGAUGGGUUUCCAUUCCAAGAUGGACAUAUUACGAUGCCACGACCGCGACCUGGAUGUCCGGGAGAGGGCCAAAACAGCGAUAUUCCAGCUGGAAAAGGCCACGAUGUAGGGAAAACUGGUGCUUGGUGGCAACCAAACGAAGCGUUCGCGAAAGAUACUUGCACAGGAAAUUGCCGGGGUGAUGCUAAGGCGGCCUUUGAUCCUCUGGCCUGAUCUACCUCCGCCUAGAGACUAUGACCAAUGGAUAAUCCGGGGCCGUUGCCGGUAGUUGAUGGACUUGGAGAGUGGCGGUGGAUAUGGUUGGACGAGCGGCGUAUCAUACUUUGUACGCAUGUAAUGACUUGUUGUAAAUAAAAGACAUUCAAAAUGAGAAGGAAGGAGGGUAGUUUUUUUCUUUCGUUUAGACACCCCCCGUAGCGCUGAAUAUUUUCAAACAUGGAUGUAUAUUGACUUUGACU